AUGGCAGACCAAGAAAAGAAGAGGGUUGCGGCGCCAGAUGCUGAAGACUUUGUCCAAAGAGUGCUCGAGAAGAACGGUGUACCGUCAGCAAACGCCUCUAUUGUUGCCAAAUGCCUAGUGGACGCAGACCUCCGCGGGGUUGAUACCCAUGGCAUAAAUCGCAUCCCAUCGUACAUGGAACGCAUUCGUCAGGGCGUCCUAGAUCCCAAAGCAUCUCCUUCUCUGACUCAGGUUACUCCCGUAGUCGCCCGUGUUGACGGACACAAUGCAUUCGGCUUCAUAUCUGCCACCAUGGCCAUGGACCACGCUAUCGAGAUGGCCAAGGAGUUCGGCAUCGGCAUGGUCUCAGUGCAUAAUUCAAACCAUUUUGGCAUGUCAGCUUCUUUCGUCAGACAAGCCGUUGAUGCAAACAUGAUGAGCCUCAUUUUCACCAAUUCCUCGCCCGCUUUACCGGUUUGGGGAGGAAAGGAGAGGCUUAUGGGCGCAUCUCCAAUCGCGUGUGGAGCACCAUCUGGCCCCAACUCGCCUCCUUUCAUCCUAGACUUAGCAUUUUCUGUUGCUGCUAGGGGAAAGAUAUACAAGGCUCAUCGUAGGGGGGAGGCUAUACCUGAAGGCUGGGCUUUGGACGCAAACGGCUCUCAUACUACCGAUCCCGCCGCGGCUCUUCGAGGAGUCAUGUUGCCUAUAGGUGGUCCCAAGGGCUCUGCUCUCUCUAUCAUGAUGGACGUCUUCUCUGGCGUGCUUUCUGGCUCUUCAUUCGCUGGACAUGUCACUGGCCCGUAUGAUCCAUCAAAACCGGCUGGUGUGGGACACUUUAUAAUGGCCCUGAAACCUGACUUGUUUUUGAGCUUGGAUGAGUUCAAGGAUAGAAUGGACUAUCUCUAUAAGCGGGUUGUUACCUGCGAGAAAAUGCAGGGGGUGGACAGGAUCUACUAUCCUGGUCAGAUUGAAAUCAUAACCUCGCAAGAAAGAGCGAAAGACGGCAUCCCGUAUGUCCAAGCAGAGAUCGACGCUCUCAAUAAAGAGGCAGACCUUGUAGGUACUGGUCAUAUCGCUAUUAAAGAGUAG